CCCCCGACAUACGCUCCCCACGGACUCCCAGACAGGCUCCUGCGUAGGGCAGUGGGGCUGCACCCGCGUGGGAGAGCUGGGGCAGAGGUCUUGCCCCCAGUACCCGGUGGAGCCAGCAUCAGUGAUCGAUCCACCCCGUGGUCAUUUUAGAGAGUCUAGUAAAGUCCCACUAAAUCAACUGCCGAUCCCUCUCCUGUCUGCUCCGGUACUUGAGCCCAAUGAGAUCAGUAGGCGAACGCCACAGGUCAGGAGAAGGGUGUGGUUGUUUUUGUCAACUCUUUGCAGUGCAGGCUCCUGCCCUAAACAGGGUUAAGCUACGUGGAUUUGAGUUACGCCUUCGCCACUAACGUUGUUUAAAUCAAUUUGUUCUUGUAGCAUGUCCUCAGAGCUUCCCACACAAAGUUAGAUAAAGAAACUUGGGUUUCCAGCUCCAUAUCCUGAAAGCAGGACUCCACUUCUGGGUGUCCAAUCCUGCCUCCAAGCGGGUCUCCCAUUUACAGUACUGAUACAUAAUACGUUACCAAACUCAGGCCCCAGCAGAAAAACAUGCGACAAUUCUAUAUUUGCAUUUUGUAUUUGACCCUGAAAUCUUUUGGAACCUGUGAGAUCAUCCUUGGCUACAAUGGUUACACUGAAUAUCAAGUAGGCAAUAUGAGCCUGAUUAUUUCUGUCCCGCAUGGUGGAACAUUGAACCCUGAAGACAUCCCUGAUCGAGAUGCUGGUUGCUGGGAUUCAAAAACGUUAUCUUGUAUUUUUUCUCAUAAUUGUCCCCUAGGAAGUAUUCAAGACUUUCGGAAAUGCAACGUGGGGACGAACCAGGACAGGAAUACUAUAGAGAUUGCUCGGACUCUUGCUAAAGAAAUCAGAAGCCUUAAUGGUGGUUUCCUCCCAUAUCUUGUUAUAAAUCAUCUCCAGAGGAUCAAGAUGGAUGCCAACAGGGAAAAGGAAGAAGCUACCUUUGGAAUUCCCCAAGCAGAAAAAGCCUGGAGAGACUUUAUGACAUUUAUGAGAUCAGCAAAAUCACAGAUGUUGGGAGGCCUUAUUGUAGAUAUCCAUGGACAAGCACACCCUGAGCAAUGGAUAGAACUAGGUUACACCAUUUCAAAAGCAUCACUCAACUCAGGGAAGUUUUCCGCAUCAGGUUCUUCUAUUCGCUAUCUUGCAAGCCAGGUGCAUGAUGUUUCUUUUGGGACCUUGCUUAGGGGAUCCAGAAGCUUGGGUAAAUUUAUUGAAGGCCAGAACAAAACAUUUUACCCUUGUGUUCCUUCUCCAACAAACCCCAAGCCAAAAACUGGGAAUUACUAUAAAGGGGGCUAUAUUACGAAGACUUUUGGGUCUAGGUAUACUGGCACUGUUGAUGCCAUUCAGAUUGAGCUGCCCCAAUGGGUAAGGGAUGUCAAAGAAUAUCCGAAGUUUUGUAAAGCAUUAGCAAGGGCUAUAGUACAUUUCUGGCAAACUAACUACUGUAGCCAGAGAAACCAUACAUUUCUAGGAUGCUAAAGGAAACAGACUUGUGUCACCACGGCUACUUUGAAAAGUAAAACAAUUGGUUUAAUAUACGGGGAUAUGGAUUUCCAUUUGGCUUUAACAUGGAAUUCUUUGAUGAUAAAUUGAUGGGACCGUGAAGGUGAAAGCUCUGAGCAGGAGGUCAGGGAUUUUCAAACUCUGGGCCGUGGCUUGUAAGGGCAAGUCAUUAACUGACUGAAAGACAUUGUUUACCUGUACCUCCACAGAUAUGGGUGACUGCAGCGUCUGUUGGCUGCGGAUUGCCAUUCCCAGCCAAUGGGAGCUGUGGGAAGAGGUAUGGAAUGGGAUACCGUUUCCCACAGCUCCCAUUGGCUGGGAACAGUGAUCCACGGACAGCGCGAGCUACGAUCGCACGUAUUUGUGGAGAUGCAAGUAAACAAAGUGUCUUGUGGCAAACUGCCCUUACAAGCCAUGACCCAGAGUUUGGAAACCUCUUCUAUAGGUGGCUCCCAGCCAGUGGAAUCCUGCAGAUCCUGCAUCUAGCAUCCCAUUCCUCCCACACUCGAACCCCUUGCCCCAGGUCACAACCCCCUCCUGCACCCAAACUCCCUCCCAGAACCCACACCUCUUCUGCAUCUUAAUUACAUGCCCAGAGCUUCCCUUCCUCCCCUGCACCCAAUCUCUGUCCCAGAUACCCCACGCCCUCCAUUAAUAUUGUAGGAAAGUGCGGUCCUGACCACUUCACCAAAUUCUUGGAAUGGCCCCCCAUCAAAAAUGAUUGCCCUUCCCUGGCACACACUGAGUAGUCUUGAGCACCCAGCAAUUUCUUAUGCAUGUCACAAAAUAAACCCCAUCCAGCUUACAGUUUGAAAUUGACAGAACAGUGGGAGUGAUAAAUUGAAAAGGUGGGGAUGGAAGGGAAAGGGAUUGUUACUCAGUGGGGCAUGUACAUGACUUGAAGUCUUCAUUACCCCUAUGUCCUGAAGUCUCCAUUACCCCUUCUUUAAACCUGCCUAAGAGUAGAUAGGCCUUGCAAUGUAGACAAUAAAGCAAAUGAAAGCCAGUAGAGAUCAAAUACUGCUCUCAAUUACAUUGAUGUAAACCCAGAAUAAUUCCAUAGAUUCACACUGAGCUAAUUAAGGUCAACAAGCAUAUUAUCAAUCUUCAUGUAGGGGAAAUAAAGUUCAAGGAUCUGGACAAAGCUUUCCCUCAGCAUCACUACCAUGCUCACAUAGCUAAAACUAUCUGAAUAGUGUGUGAUUUACCUGGUGGGACAUACUAGCAGGGGUCUGUUUUUCAAAAGCGGAUCUCUUUGGUGGGCACAGAGGAAUUUUAGACUGUCAAUAGUUCUGGUAAUAGUGUUAUCUUGAACAAAGAGAAUUUUUGGUAUUAUUGUUAUUCAGGUAGCUGUUCAGCAAUGCUGUUAGUUAGCAGGGGCCAGGAUUGACUGUUGCAAUGUAUUCACACGUCUCUGACUCUGUCGAUGAUGAUAACCAAAAGGCUACUUGCAUGUGUGCUCAAUGAUGUGUGCUGUAUAGACUAGUGCACUUAGUCUGCACAGCAGACUCCAAGAGAGCCCCCCCAAAGACCACAAAUCAGGUAAGGAUCGAAGGCGCCAGGCCAGGUUUAUUGUUAAGCGAAUAUAUUUUCCAAUUUGGUAUUAUGAUUUAGCCCUUAUGGCAUUGCAGUUAGCACACACUUCUAUUAGGACAAUUAUAGUUAUUAACUGUAUCAUUAUUGGUAGUGGGGUAAGUGUUUUGACAUACUGGGAUAAGCAUUAUUACAGUGUGUCCCACAAGAUUAUGUAUAUGUAAAACAAAUGUGGAACAGUGACAUUACAAAUGAGGCCUUGAUAUAUAAUUGUCUUGUAAUUAAUUACUACUCAGUACUGUCCAUUCCUGUUAUGGGUUAUCCUCACUAUUGGGUGUCACCCUCUGGGAUAAGCUUUGCUUGGCAGGAAACAGGAACAAUUAACUUUUUGUUCCAUUGGUUACAGGGCUCUGUGAUACACUGGUAGUUAACAUAGAUCAAGUUGUUUCUUAUGGACAUUGUCUUUCAGAUAACCUACUGAAUGGACAGUAAUCAAUGUAUCAAAUAUUUCUGUGUCAAGAUUUAGCAUUGGUAUCCAGACACUGAACAAGACUGUUUUGAAUGACAUGUGUCUCAGUUAGGAUGCAGUGUCACUGAUCCAAAUAAUAACUGGUACUAACAGAGAAUUAGUUUACACAAUUUGUAGCUACUAUGUAACUUAAUUUUUGUUAACCAAUUAGUUUUUCCCUUUUCUUCAUGUUGCUUUCUGCCAUCCUUGUGUUGAUUUUCCCCCCUGUGUGUUGAGUAAACAGUUUAGCAAAGUUAUGCACAUUGUAAAUGAUAUACAGGCAGUCCCCGACUUACGCGGAUCCGACUUAUGUCGGAUCCGCACUUAGGAACG